CACCGAGUCACCGACGAGCCAAACCCAUUGAUUGACUUGGCUGGCGGCUGGCGAAACACCAUCACCACGAGCAAGUCCUUUCUGCCUUGCCUCUUCACCCGUUGGUUCCUUUAGCGAGGCAGCCCCAACUCAAACCAAGCGAAUGUUAGACGAACACGAGGUCCUUGCUGUCUUGACCGGAAACCCCUCCACAUUCGUUGCACGGGCUUCAUCGACUUCACCCUUCAUUGUGCUCUCUUACUGUCGUUUGUUUCCGGCACUUUCUGCCCAGUCGAGGCGUUGCUCAGUGGAUUGACCAAGGAAGAAGAGACAAACAAAUAUCAGAUCGGACGACUGGUGAGUUGAUGAUAAGCGAAGGACUAUCCUUGGUGAUGGAUUGAAGCCUGAUGCUGUUCCACCCCGUCUGAUCACUCUGCUUGGGAGAUUAUCUGGUGCCUAGGGGCUACCUGGAGUCCAUGCACGCGAAGCUUGCCAUCCUCCUCACCUCCCUGCUUGUUUGCUUUCUGGCGACGCUGUUUUCGAGCACGCUCGACCACGUCUUCUCGCAGCUGAUCAACGGCAAAGACCAACCUGCUAAUUUGAAGUGGGGAGUUCAGCAGCAGAUCUCACAGCUUUUGGAUCAGGCGCUUACCAAGAUCCCCUCUUUCGCUAGCAUGGUCUCCAUCCGGGCAAAGCCCCGCUUCCGACAACGCCAAAGAAUCGAUCCAGAUUACUGCCCCUGCACCAUCACCCAGUAUGAGUCUGAGCGCACUGGCAUGCGAGUCGUCGUCGUGGACCAGGAAGGCCCCAAGUUGCAUGGCUUCUUCGUUCUCGCCACCGAGAUUCAUGAUGACUCGGGGGCACCGCAUACGUUAGAGCAUUUGUGCUUUAUGGGCUCCAAGAGCUACAAGUACAAAGGCUUCUUGGAUAAACUCGCCACACGUGCCUAUGCUGGCACCAAUGCGUGGACAGCUACUGACCACACAGCAUACACUCUAGAAACCGCCGGCUGGGCAGGCUUCGCUCAGAUUCUACCCGUCUACCUGGAACACGUAAUCUUGCCAACAUUGACAGACGCCGGCUGCACGACAGAAGUGCAUCAUGUUGAUGGAAGUGGCAAUGAUGCCGGCGUCGUGUACUCGGAGAUGCAGGGCGUCCAAAACAUGGCGUCGGAACUGAUCGAGCUGCAAUCCAAAAAGAUUCUUUAUCCUGAGGGGGUAGGCUAUCGCUACGAGACAGGCGGGAUGCUGGAGCAACUCCGUGUCCUGACGGCUGACCGUAUUCGAGAAUUCCACCGGGAGAUGUAUCAACCCAAAAAUCUCUGUGUUGCUAUCUUCGGGGAAGCAAAUCAUGACGAGUUGCUGGCCAUUCUGGACGAAUUCGAAACAUCAAUCUUACCCGACAUUCCGAGUCCAGAUGCUCCCUUCAAACGACCCUGGAUCGAGUCUAAACUUGCGCCCGCAUUGAAUCAAACGACUCUGUUGAGAGUCGAGUUUCCCGAGGAGGACGAAUCUUUCGGUGAGGUCGACAUCCGAUUCUUGGGUCCCAAUUGCGCCGAUGCUCUGGAACUAGGGGCCCUCAACGUUGCCCUCAACUAUCUUGCCGGCUCUUCGGCCGCAGUGCUUGACCAUGUCCUUGUGGAAAAGGAGCAGUUGGCAAGCAGCGUCUACUAUCAGCUCGACAGCCGCCCGCGAACCGAAAUCCAGUUUUCCUUGUCCAGCGUCGAGACCAAGCGGUUGGAAGAGGUUGAGAAACGCUUCUUUGAGGUGUUGAAGGAAGCCAUGGAACAGCCACUGAAUAUGGAUUUCAUGAAAGAUUGCAUCGACCGUGUGGUGAGAACCACUAAAUACAAUGCCGAGGGCUCCGCCACCGCGUUUGCCGAUUUCAUCAUCUCCGACUAUCUUUACGGCAAGAGAGAUGGGUCGACCUUGGAAAUUGUAAAGUCAUUGAAACAUUAUACCCAAGCCCUGGCAAGCUGGACGGAAGACCAGUGGAAAGCCUACAUCAAGAAGUACAUUUCAGAUGCACCUCAUGUGUCGAUCCUGGGAGUUCCUUCCGCACGGUUAUCAGAGAAGCUAAAGACGGAUGAGGCCAAUCGAAUUGAAGAGCAGAAAGCAAGGUUAGGGCCGGAGGGACUGAAGAGAAUGCAAGAAAAACUUGAUGCGGCAAAGGCUGAGAACGACCGCGAAAUCCCAAGGGACUUGCUAGGGAAGUUCAAAGUGCCCUUGACGGAUUCAAUCCAUUUUGUGACAAUCCCUGGCGCUCGAGCAGGCCGGGCGUUGGACCUAGGACGACGGGAUAACAGGUUCCAGAAAAUCAUUGAUGAGGAUGCAAAAGAUGUCCCACUCUUCAUCAAUUUCGAGCACAUUCCAACCAACUUCACCCGCGUCCACUUGAUCAUCUCUACCGAGACUCUCCCCGACGACCUUCGACCCCUUCUGGCUAUCUAUAUGGAAGCCUUCUGGAGCUUGCCGAUCAAACGAGGCGACGAGAUUAUCGACUUCCGUCAAGUGGUAACCGAGCUCGAGCGGGACACCGUAGGCUAUUCAAUUGAUGCGGCAAACAAUCUAGGCAACGUCGAAGGUAUCCGGAUAAGUUUCCAGGUGGAGAGGGAACGGUACGGAGUGGCCGUCAAGUGGUUGACUGAAUUGCUCUACAACUCCAUCUUCGACGUGGAGCGGCUCAGGGCUGUCAAUACUCGUCUUCUUGCGGACGUGCCCGACGCGAAGCGCAGCGGGGAUGACAUGAUGAUGACAGUUCACUUCAUGACACACCUGGCCCCCAAAUCGAUAACCCGCGCAAGGACUAUACUGGUCAAGGCGCUCUACCUGAAGCGUAUCAGGCACUUGCUCAAGGUUGACCCGGAGCGAGUGGUGAGCCAGCUGGAAAGACUACGCAAUUUACUGUGCCGCUUUGAAAAUUAUCGGAUCCUGGUCAUUACUGACCUCGAAAAGACUCAAAAGCCCGUGAGCACUUGGCAGCCCUUCCUGGAGAAGUUGGAACCGACAAAAGAGUUGAAUCCUAUUGGCCGCCGCAUCGAUAGGCUCAGCGACGCUGGCAAGAACCCCGGGAAACUGGCGUACGUCGUGCCCAUGCCCACAAUCGACUCGUCCUUUGCAUUCGCCGUGGCGCGUGGACCGACUUCCUACGACGACCCGCAGCUGCCGGCCAUAAUGGUCGCAUUGGCAUAUAUGAAUGCCGUCGAGGGACCACUCUGGGUGGCUGUGCGGGGCACUGGCCUAGCUUAUGGAACUAACAUGGGUUUCGACAUCGAAUCUGGGUUUAUCCACAUAGACGUCUACCGGUCGCCCGAUGCAUACAAGGCAUUCGAGGCAUCCCGGAAGAUCAUUUCUGAUUACAUGACCGGAGCUGUUGAUUUUGACCCGCUCAUGUUGGAAGGAGCAAUCAGUUCUAUCGUGGUGAUGUUUGCCAAUGAGCAGGCAACGCUGGCAGGUGCCGCCGCGAUGAGUUUCAUUCGCAGCAUAAUGCAACGUCUGCCCGACGAUCAUAUGCAAAGAAUGUUGAAGCGGGUGAGGGAAGUGAGCGUGCAAGACAUCAAGGAUGCGCUUGAGAAAGUGGUAUUCAAUGUUUUCGUACCUGAGAAGGCGGAUAUCGUGGUGACUUGUGCGCCGGGACUGAAGGAGGGCAUUGCGGGUGGCUUAAAAGACGCGGGAUUUUCUCCCGAAAUCCGCGAUCUCAAUUACUUCCAGGAUGAUUAUGGAUUGAAGCCCAUUGAUGGCGAGGAUGAGGAAGACGAUGACGAUGACGAUGACGAAGAAGAGGACGGGGAUGAGGAUGAGGAUGGCAGAGAAGACACCGAAGGUUCGGAUGACAUUGGAGGGAGCGAGGGUUACGAAAUUAUAGAAGGAAAUGAAGACUGACUUGGGAGGAUGGUCGAUCAGGAGUUCAGCUGUUGCUACUAUGCUGGCUCGAUACGAGUUCGUCGGCUUUGAAACGAGACAUGAUACGCAAAGAGAGACGAAACAUCCGGAUAUGCCAUGUGCCGCGGCCUGAUUUCGAUAGAAUAAAAGGGAGGAAGCAUCGCCGCCUGGCCAAAGGCAGAAACGGGUAUGAAAUUGCAAGUUUGUUGGAUAUGAACGGGCUUCUGUCUAGUCUAGUCAGUCAAACAAGUAUUCACUGCCCUACGCUAUAGAAGAGACUCCCA